CUUUCAAACUGCGGUUUGUAUAAAAGAAAAUGAACUCUUCCAACCAUUCCCCUGUCCUCUCUGCCUAUCUGGAACUUAAUAUCGCUGUCACCACUGCCUGCUAUGCAGUCAACCUCAUCCUGAGUCUACCCACCAAUGUCUACGUCCUGUGUCUGAUACUGACCGGAGCCGGAGGGACGGUGGCCUCAGAGUUCUUCGCUCUCAACUUGGCUGUAUCUGAAAUCCUCUACUGCCUUUCAGCUGUCUUUGUCUUUGUCUACAUACACCUCCCUAUUCCCCCUCUCCUAGCUCUAAUUACAUUCUUCAGUGGUUUUAUGUUCCACGGCCGCCCCCUGUUCCAGUGCUGUAUAUGUUUUGAGCGAUACCUGGCAGUGGUCCACCCUGUGGUCUUCCUGAAGUACAGACCCCUGAGAUACAAGGUGGUGUGUUCUGGAUUGGUUUGCCUGGUUUUGAUUGGGUUCUGUUUUAUUUCUAUGUUUGUAAAUGAACACAAAAUUGUUGUAUGUUUGUAUUUGGCUGAUAUUGUGGUCUUAUUUACAUUUAUGUUAUUCUGCUGCCUGUCAGUUCUCAAGGCUCUGAAACAGCCUGGGCCUGGGGAAGGGGAGAGAGAGAGGGAGGAGACAAAUAACAUGAAGAUGAGGGCAUUUAAGAUCAUUUUGAUUAUCUUGGUGUCUAUGAUGGUAAACUACCUUCCAUGGGUGGUGGUUUUACCUUUUAAUGAAAUCUAUGAUUUGCUGCAGUUAGUAUAUAUCACAUAUGUGUGUCUCUUCUUCAGUAUUGUCAGUGGGUUUGUGCAGCCCCUCCUCUACCUCCACCGGGCUGGGAAACUGCCCUUUAUUAAAGGUCUCUGAGGGAGAGUUUAUAUUCCCAGUUUCAUCUGAUACAGAGGGUCAAUUGUAACUUGUUUACAACUGUUAUGUGAUAGCUUGUAAAGAGGUUGGUAGUUGAAGAUGCGCUGUCAAAAAUAUGUAUGUUUUUAGGUUUGCAAUAUUUAGGUAACUUGACCUAAAAGGUUCUCCAGAAAUCCUGGUCAGAAGAUUCCAUUAAUCAGGAGGGAAUUACAAAAUGUUGCAUCCCUA